AUGAGCGAGGAGAGCCCCGGCGCUGGGAACAAUACCACUGCACGACCACAGACUGUACGACCACAGACUGUACGACCACAGACUGUACGACCACAGACUGACGACCACAGACUGCACGACCACAGACUGUACGACCACAGACUGCACGACCACAGACUGCACGACCACAGACUGUACGACCACAGACUGUACGACCACAGCCCGUACGACCGCAGACUGUACGACCACAGACCGUACGACCGCAGACUGUACGACCACAGCCCGUACGACCGCAGACUGUACGACCACAGACCGUACGACCACAGACUGUACGACCACAGACUGAACGACCACAGACCGCACGACCACAGACUGUACGACCACAGACUGUACGACCACAGACUACCGUACGACCGCAGACUGUACGACCACAGACCGUACGACCACAGACCGCACGACCACAGACUGUACGACCACAGACUGUACGAUCACAGACUGUACGACCACAGACUGAACGACCACAGACUGUACGAUCACAGACUGUACGACCACAGACUGUACGACCACAGCCCGUACGACCGCAGACUGUACGACCACAGACCGUACGACCGCAGACUGUACGACCACAGACCGUACGACCACAGACCGCACGACCACAGACUGUACGACCACAGACUGCACGACCACAGACUGUACGACCACAGACUGAACGACCACAGACUGAACGACCACAGACUGUACGACCACAGACUGUACGACCACAGACUGUACGACCACAGACUGUACGACCACAGACUGUACGACCACAGACUGUACGACCACAGACUGUACGACCACAGACUGUACGACCACAGACUGUACGACCACAGACUGUACGACCACAGACUGUACGACCACAGACUGUACGACCACAGACUGUACGACCAGCCGUACAGACUGUACGACCACAGACCGUACGACCACAGACUGUACGACCACAGACCGUACGACCACAGACUGUACGACCACAGACUGUACGACCACAGACUGUACGACCACAGACUGUACGACCACAGACUGUACGACCACAGACUGUACGACCACAGACUGUACGACCACAGACUGUACGACCACAGACUGUACGACCACAGACUGUACGACCACAGACUGAACGACCACAGACCGCACGACCACAGACUGUACGACCACAGACUGUACGACCACAGACUGUACGACCACAGACUGUACGACCACAGACUGUACGACCACAGACUGAACGACCACAGACUGUACGACCACAGACUGUACGACCACAGACCGUACGACCACAGACUGUACGACCACAGACUGUACGACCACAGCCCGUACGAUCACAGACUGAACGACCACAGACUGUACGACCACAGACUGUACGACCACAGACUGUACGACCACAGACUGUACGACCACAGACCGUACGACCACAGACUGUACGACCACAGACUGUACGACCACAGACUGUACGACCACAGACCGUACGACCACAGACCGUACGAUCACAGACUGUACGACCACAGACUGUACGACCACAGACUGUACGACCACAGACUGUACGACCACAGACUGUACGACCACAGACUGUACGACCACAGACUGUACGACCACAGACUGUACGAUCACAGACUGUACGACCACAGACUGUACGACCACAGACUGUACGACCACAGACUGAACGACCACAGACUGUACGAUCACAGACUGUACGACCACAGCCUGUACGACCACAGACUGUACGACCACAGCCCGUACGACCACAGACUGAACGACCACAGACUGUACGAUCACAGACUGUACGACCGCAGACCGUACGACCACAGACUGUACAACUCACCUCAUGCAGUUUUUGCGUGGACUUGGAGGGCUGGCAGGUACAUCCCGAGUUCCAGUUAUCCGUCCCACACCCGCAGUUCCCCCCGCAGCGUUGGACCAGCAGACACCGGGGGAAGAAGACCGCGCUGGUGA